GCGGGAUUUCACUUCCACUGGCAACGCGGUCUGACAGCCGUAUAGGAAAUCCUACGCGAUGGAGGUCCUUUGUGCUGGCACUGUGUUCCGUCAGGGAGGAGGGCGGUGUUGUCAGUUAAUCACUGUUUAUGCUUUGGUGGCGGUAUUCUCGCUGUCACCGGUCUUUGUGUUUCAAAGCCAGCUUGUCUUUGCCACCCACCCCCCAGAGGCUUUUUUUUUUUUAGUUUUUAGUUGCUGAUCUUUUCUCGUGUCUUCAUCUGGGCAAAGCACCUGAACGUAUUUGAUCAGGUUCCCAGUCCUUCUCUCAGGGAUCAGGGUUUAGCGACGGAGGCUACAGUGUUAAACAGCGGUUUCCUUCCAGUUUAAUAGUGAACGAGCAUGUGCUCCCCUGAGCCUCCCUCUGGAUAAUGAAUAAGGACUUCUGGGAUGCCAUCUCAAAUGGAUUUUCAACCAUUCGUUCAUUGACGGCUAUAUAUAUUUCAGUGACGUUCAAAUAUUCAGCACCAUGUUCUGGUGGCGUCUAAAGAGACGGAGAACCCCCGGGGCCGAGCGAUACACCCCCCGUCACCCUCCGACUUUUUGGACAAACUCAUGGGGAGAACCUCGGGCUACGAUGCCAGAAUCAGGCCCAACUUUAAAGGUCCGCCCGUGAACGUUUCAUGCAACAUAUUCAUCAACAGCUUUGGGUCCAUAGCUGAGACCACCAUGGACUACAGGGUGAACAUCUUCCUUCGACAGAAGUGGAACGACCCGAGGCUGGCGUACACGGAGUACCCGGACGGCUCUCUGGACCUGGACCCCUCCAUGUUGGACUCCAUCUGGAAGCCCGACUUGUUCUUCGCCAACGAGAAAGGGGCCCACUUCCACGAGGUCACCACGGACAACAAGCUCCUGAGAAUAUUUAAGAAUGGCAACGUUCUGUAUUCUAUACGAUUGACGUUAACCCUUUCCUGUCCGAUGGACCUGAAGAACUUCCCUAUGGACGUGCAGACAUGUAUCAUGCAGCUGGAGAGCUUUGGCUACACAAUGAAUGACCUGAUAUUUGAGUGGCAGGAGAAUGGACCAGUCCAGGUAGCCGAUGGGUUGACACUGCCCCAGUUUAUAAUGAAGGACGAGACAGAUCUGAGAUAUUGCACCAAGCACUACAAUACAGGGAAGUUCACGUGCAUUGAGGUGCGGUUCCACCUGGAGAGACAGAUGGGUUAUUACCUGAUCCAGAUGUACAUCCCCAGCCUCCUCAUCGUCAUCCUGUCCUGGGUCUCCUUCUGGAUCAACAUGGAUGCCGCGCCCGCUAGGGUGGCCCUGGGAAUCACCACCGUGCUCACCAUGACGACCCAGAGCUCUGGGUCGAGGACGUCGCUACCCAAGGUGUCCUAUGUGAAGGCCAUUGACAUCUGGAUGGCCGUCUGUCUGCUCUUCGUGUUCUCCGCUCUGCUUGAGUAUGCCGCAGUCAACUUUGUCUCCAGGCAACACAAGGAACUUUUAAGAUUCCGCCGGCGGAGAACAAAGAAAAAGGACGAGGAGGUGCGGGAGAGUCGUCUCAGCUUCACCGCCGGGGUGGCCACCAAGGACUGCGCCGUCCCCAAGGCCUCCAACAACGCCGUGGCCGCCACCACGCCGGGCUCUGCCGGGCCGCCGCCGGCCCAGCAGGCCAAGAAGGACUCCGCCGCCAGGACCCACGAGGAGAUGAGGAAGCUGUUCAUCGACCGCGCCAAGAAGAUCGACACGGUGUCGCGGGCCGGAUUCCCCCUGGCCUUCCUGUUUUUUAACAUUUUCUACUGGGUCCUGUACAAGAUUCUCCGGGCCGAGGACGUUCACAAGGACUGACGCGGGACAGCGUCUUACUGCUGGGUACGCCACGGGACAGUCAGGGGGGGGGGGGGGGCUGUCGGACAUGUGACUGCUUACCAAGCUACCUGUGGUUCAGUACAAAAAAAAUAAAGAUUUUUGGAGAUGAACGGCGGACCCAUCGGUGUGCGGCGUGCAGACAGGUGUCCGUUUCGCCCCGCCGACACCAAGCUCACUAUGCAACUGGACCCCGGCCGGGAGGAUCGGUGUAGCCCCACGUCAACGCCCCCAUCCCGGCAACGUGCGGCGCCGCGCUCCUUCGCCCCAGCAAACCCUCCGCCGCGGACGGACGUCCUCACACGGGACCCCCCCAAAAAAAAAAAACACUGUACCCCCACUUUUGUGUCUUACAGCUUCACUGCCAAUGUUCUAGUCUGUUUACAUAUGGCACUGGUGAACACAGGAAAAACCUCCCGGUACACAGGUCCAUUGUGGAUUUUUCAGCAGACCUUUGUUUUAGUUUAUUAUAUAUGUUAUAUAUAUAUCAGAUUUGUAUUAUAAUCCUGAGAUGAAAGAAAAUAAAAAAAAAGUCGCAACGGACAGAUUUCCCUUCACCUACAGUUCUCACCUACGUACAGCAAACACAGCCUCCUUGCGACUUGGAUGACAGUUUAAACAGCUGACCUCCACGUGUUUAGCUCAAAUUCCGUCUUGUCUUGACAUGUUUCUCACGCAUUAUUGUCCUACGUUUAAUUAUUUCUGCAUCACUUCCUUAUUUCAACACAACAAUGAAUCACUAUUCUAAUGAAUCACUAUUCUACUGACUCACAUAUGUUAUGAUAGACUCCAAACUAACCAGUGACACUUAAGUCGAACUCCGGCUGAAUCCAAUACGAGGGUGUUAAAUCGGGAAGAUGGGUACAGCCCAUAUAAAAGGACACCCUAACUUCUCCUUGAAAGGUCAACAACACUUGUUGCAAAAUGUAACUGGGAAGUGAGUGAACAGGGUGAGUAUCCAGAGAAAUACAAUACCGACAGACAACCAUGAUGCUAAUCUAGUCACUGUGAAUCCCUGCCUACUUCAGGAAAGCUAUGGAUAGCAAAAUCAACUGUAAAUAACCCAUCUACUAUACACAGGCAUUUUACCUUAACAGCUUACUUCUUGCCUUCCAUUUAACAACACUUUCUAAUUCCGUCGAACAGUCACAAAUAACCGUCACACAUUUAUCUCCGUGGUUUAUUCCUCCUGUUAAUCCUAUAACUGUUUUGGUAGAACACAAUCCUGGGGAGCACGUCUUCAAUACACCUGACCUGGGUCCGCUUCUGGAGCAACUAUUUGAAUCGUCGAAUACUUAUAAGAGAACGGACUUCACCCUCGCCGUAAAUUGCGGGGGGGUAAACGUGCAUGUAGAGAAAUUAGAAAAUGAUUUAGACUAGAUUGUAAGUGUUAUGAAGGGAAAAAAAGUAUUUUUUUAUUAAAGAAAAUGGAGUUCAGUGGUUCUGAGGGGUUUUCUUCAUACGCUACAAUAUGAACAGCCCUUUCUGUAAUAUUUCUCAACCUGCCAAUGAUUCAGACAGUGUUAUGUUGUGUUUUAUCAUCACUGAGUAGCACACAGAUGUAACACUAUACUUCUUUCCUACGCCCUUUCCCUUGUGAUACUGCUGUGUAAUAAAAUGUAAAAAAAAAAAAAUACUAAAGUUUAAGUUCACUCACAUAGGAGAGGACACGUGUAUUUAAGGACAUGUCUACGAAAUGUGCAAUAUUUCCAUUUCCUUUAUUUUCUGGAUGGUUUUAAGGGUGCUUGACUUCAAAGACCAUUGUGAUGCCCCCCCCCCCCUCAACAAACGAUAUGAACAAAUGCUGGAUAAGGCAUUUCCACGAAUGACAAAAUUCCUAGGCCUAUAUCUUGCAAGAUUUUAAUACCACUUCAUAUUGGAAUUUCAUACAGCUUUACACAAGGUGAAGUGUUCAUUAUCAUAGGUUUCCUUGUUGGCCAGUAUAUUAAAAUUUUUACCACAUUUAUUUUGUACAAAAUAUACAGUAUUACUAAAUGUUAAAACGCAUGACCUGAAUUCAAUAUUGAUGUAUUUAUUUUUUAACCUGUGUUUGACUUGUAUAGUCUGACGAUUUUUUUGUUUGCUGCACUUGUGAAAAAAGAUGAGAAACACACGUGCUUUCUUCCAUAGUAUGUACAUCUGUAAAUAAUUUUCAUAAAUCUAAUAAAAGUCCUUAAGGCGAAAGAAUAAUGGGAGAGAGGAAAAGGAUUAGCUUUUCUAAAUGAA